AUGGUUGACUAUGAAGAGGAAGAUGGGAUAUUUGUAGCAGUGCUGCUGAGGAGGACACAUAAUGAUCAUGCAAGAACAACUGAAUUCUAUGGAGAAAUUCCAACUGAUGGAGCUUUUCAAAACUUAUCUGCCCAAUCAUUUUUCUCGAAUGGUGCGCUCUGUGGUGCAGCCCGACUCCUUGUUCCACCAUGCAAAAAGAGUACGUCCAACCUGAAAUAUCUUAUUCCAGGGAUCCUAUCAGCAAUACUUCUACUGGUUUCUGUAUCAAUCUUCAUACAACGCAGAAAAAGGAAAGUGGAAGUUGCAAUAGAGACUGCCUUGUUACCUCAACUUCUUUGGAGAAGAGUUUCACACCUUGAACUUCUGAGGGCGACAAAUGGUUUUAACAAAAGCAACUUACUUGGAACUGGUGGUUUUGGGUCAGUAGUGUAUAAAGGUACAAUUUCAGAUGGGAUAGAUGUUGCUGUAAAGGUUUUAUAUAAAGGUACAAUUUCAGAAGGGGCUUUCAAGAGUUUUGAUAGUGAAUGUGAAGUGCUGAGCAACAUUCGUCACCGAAAUCUUAUAAAAAUCAUCGGUUGUUGCAGUCAGAUUGAUUUCAAAGCCCUGGUAAGGCAAUACAUGCCUAGUGGGAGCCUUGACAAGUGGCUGUACUCUCAAAACUCUCAUUUGAACAUCCUACAGAGGUUGAAUAUACUGACAGAUGUUGCAUCAGCACUGGACUACCUUCAUCAUGGUCAUGGUUAUCCAAAACAUGUUGUCCAUUGUGAUGUGAAGCCAAGCAAUAUACUACUAGAUGAUGAUAUGGUUGCACAAGUUGCUGAUUUCGGCAUUGCAAGACUCUUAGAUGGAGGAUUUACAUUGAUAAUUAAGUACUGA